AUGGAUCAUCAGGGCGCAGGUUUCGCCUUUGACCCUAACAUGGAUUUUCCGGCGUUCAAGUCAGUGGAUGACACUGCUGGCUUCUUUUACGGCGACGAAGCGAUCGACACAUCCGCGAUCGCGACCGCUGCGUCUUCUUUCGCUCCCGCCAUGUUCGAUACUCAGAGCUCAUUUGAUAUGCAACAUAGUCUGUCCUUGGAUGAUACCUCGGUGACCCCAGCAUGGAACACACAGCUCACACCACACAUGCAGCCUGCGACAAAUUCCUUCCUCUCUACACCCAUGCAAUCUUUCAACAGCAUGCCUGGCGAGUUCAAUGCGCUCGGCAAGCGACCACUCCAACUUGAGGAGACACACGAGUACCCUCAGGCCAAGCGACAUGCAGGCUUCGACUUUCCCCUAUUCCCUACACCGUCGACAGCAAUCGACUCCUGGUCAAUGGAACCGACUCCACCAUCUACAUCAUCAGAGGGCUUGACAGACGAGGCGGCAGAUGUUUGCUCAAUUUGGUUCAACAACGACAAGCAUAUUGACUCUCUUAGCCAGCUUACCGGAGAGUCCGAAGAAGCCAUUCGGAACUGGUUCGGUCGUCUGGUGAAGCAGGGCAUGGACGGCAGUCAGAGCGACUCAGCUUACAAGUCACAAACAUUUCUCAUCCAACAGCAGCCGUUGGACAACACAUUCUGGCAUGACCCCACUUACCAGACAGAACUCACCCAAGUGUCGCCUCCACAGAUCAAUAUUAGCCCUGAGAUGUCACCUAGUCUUGACGAUGUAGCCACGACGACUGUGCAGUCAGUCACUACUUCGCGAGGCAACAAGAAGCGCUGCACGCCUACCGAUGAUGUGGAACUGCUCAGAAGGGACCCCCAAAAAAUCUACCAGUGCACCCGAAAAUGCGGCAAGCGAUAUGGCCGUAAGAACGACUGGAAGCGAAAUGAGGAGGAAGGCUAUCCGCAUUUUCGGAACAUUCACUCCGGAAUGAACCCAGAGGACUACGACGAGGCGAGCACCGUUUACUCAGAAACCGAGUUUCCACGCAAGUGCGGCUUCUGUCGCCAUCGAUUUGAGUCCAGACAAGAGCGAAUCGACCACAUCGCCAACCACUUCAAGCAGGGCAAGUGUAUGCUUGACUGGCGCGAUGAGGAGGAUGACGACAACGACGAUUCUGCCGGCGAUGACGACGACCAUUCAAAUGGUGACGGCUGCGGUGGUGCGCCAUCCUCCCAACCACCGCGCUUUGAUCCACGUGGCGACAGCUCCAAAUACUUUGGCAACAACGGCGGCAGCAGCGGCUCUAGUGGCCAACAACCACAAGGCGGAUUCUUCCAAUUCCAGCUCUCACAGCUUGGUGAGAGCCAGUUGUAUUGUGCGGACCGACCUACCAAACCCAUUACACUUUCGCCGAACAUUUCUCAGUCAUCGACCUCACCUGAGUCCAACGGCAUUGUGUCACAAGGCGAACGCGUUCAAACAGAGGACAACGACGCAACUACUUUGGCCCGAGAUGCUAUCGCCCAGCCCAUAAAGGAGGAAUACGAGUCCUCAUCGUUGGGUCGUCUUGCAGAACAUCCCCAUUGGAAGUAUUCCAGGGCUAGUACAGAGCCCGAAGAACCGCUUCUUGGCGCGAGAUUGCUGAACUUCCCAACCCGUUCAGAGGAAGGCCUUUCAGCGGGUAGAGAUACCCAGUGUCCUGAAUCUUCGACGGAAAUCAUCCCUAGGGGAAGAUCGCCUGUUGGUUUACAUAUACCGCAGAUUCCCAAGAAGUCACGAUCGUUCCUCAGUGUUAAGCUCCUGGGCGCCGGUGGCUUCAGUACAGUCGACGAAGUCAUACAUCAACAAACGGGCCUACACGUCGUGAGAAAGACACUCAAGAAUCGCGAUCGUACGGCUCUCGAGGAGCUCAAGAAGGAAGUGAGUGUUCUCCAGAAGCUCCGUCAUCCACAUAUUAUCCGCUUGAUUGGAGCCUACUCAAAGGGCGACAAGAUGUCGAUAUUGAUUUCACCUGUGGCCGAGACGACACUUGCCGGUUGGCUUGAACGACCCUUGUCGAAGAGGCCUGCCACACUGCUCCACACGGUCGUCAAGAUGUUCGGCUGUCUUGCGUCGUCUGUGAGGUACAUCCAUGAGCAACGCCCUGUUGUCAAACACAUGGACAUUAAGCCUCAGAACAUCCUCAUCGUCGGAAGCGAUCAAGAGAUUCCACAUGUGAUACUUUGCGAUUUCGGUGUCAGCUCUGCAGAAGAUCCACAUGAUCAUGGGUCGAAGCCGCUAACACGCCAAUAUGUUGCACCCGAGGUCUUUGAAGGCUUCGUUCGCAAACAAGCGGCCGAUAUUUGGAGUCUGGGCUGUGUCUUUUCAGAAAUGGCAUCUUUACCAUUGAGUCAAGACAACACAGACUGGACAGCUUUCCGCAAGGAGUUCAGCGGACGCUCAGGCAAGUACUAUUGGCAAGAUGUGCCUGGAGUACAGCAGAAGCUAUCCUCCUUCCUGGACGCUGCAAAGAAUGCGACAGAGCAAACGGUUGUGCGUACGAUUCAGUCGAUGAUGGAUGCCAAUCCGGACAAUCGGCCUGACGCAGCAUCGCUAACGCUGGUCUUUACUCCAGCGCCAUGCUGUCUCAACUGGCCAAACGACAAGGCGACAUUCCCCGGUCCAGACGAAGAACAUGGAGGGAUAGAAGCAUUUGCUCAUGAAGACAUCUUCGAGCAGUAUAGUCAUGAUAGGGACCCGACUCCCUAUAGUGACAGUCUUUUGAGUGCAAAGACGUGGUUACAAGACUGUCUGCACACGCACGACGCUUGUCACCAUGUGCCAACGAGCGAGUUCAGCGCCCUACCUACACGUCUCAUUGACAUGCUUCCUGAUGGCCAAUCCGGGCCUUACGUCCGCAUUGUCGAGAGCGACAUGCUCCAACCUACUACGGAGCAAGUAGAAUAUGUGGCAUUGAGUCAUGUCUGGGAUUUCAACCAGCCAGUACUUUCCAGCAGCUCAUUACCGGAUAUGCAGAAUGAACUCGAUCUCCAGAAACUGCCCAACACGGUACGACAAGGCAUAUCUGCCGCCCAACGCCUCGGGUACAGAUAUUGUUGGUUGGAUGCACUCUGUGUUCUCCAAGACUCAUGGCAACAAAAGGAACGCGAAUGCAAGAGCAUGUCUUUGACAUUCCGUAAUGCCGCACUCACAGUCGUACUCGAUCAGCUAGGCGCCGACGAUGAUGACGACGACGAGUCUGAGAACACCGAAAUAGGAUUUUCAGGCACGACUCCUCACCCUGCUCCGUCUUUAUUCAAGGUAAUAGCAGGCGAGACCACGAGCACAGUCCGACUACCAGCUUCGGCCAUGCUCCCAUCAAGCAUCCUCGCCUCCCCAAACUUUAGCUGGGAUACACGCGCCUGGGUCCUACAAGACCGGCUACUGAGCCGACGCUUCCUGCAUCUCGGCAAACAACUGUACUGGGAGUGUAACACGCUCAAAGCCUCCGAGACCUUCCCUUGCGGUCUAUCGCCUCUUGUCUGGGAGAAACUGCAUACCCUGCAAUCCAGUCCGCCGGACUCAAUUUCUCGCCGCCGUCGCACUGUCAACCUCGCGACGGCGGAUUACCAUGCGACGGCAGCUAUUCAGGACAGCCUCGCACUAUCAGGUGCCGAUCGCCCGCCCCAAUUUAACUAUCCCCUGUUCAACUGGCAGGACGGGGACUGGUCAGCCCCAACCCCAACCCCCGAUACAGUAACACCAGCUGCCUCGUCAAUUCCCCCCCACCUUCGCCUUCACGUCCGUCGUGGGAUACCAACCAACAAGCGCACUUUUGCCACCGCCCCCCCGUCAGACGCCCCCAUGGACCACGAAACCCACUUCUCGGGUCUACAUGUGCGCGGUCGAUCGAAGAUGCUUGUACGAAAUCAACCUACGUCGGCUGUUGUCAAGCACAAGGAGCAAGCCUCAUCGUGUCCUAUCUGCUCUUGUUUGGGUGGUUGGAAAUUGAGUAGUCUGGCACGGCACCGUCGAGAUGUCGAUGUCGAUGGCGAUGCAGAUGCAGAUGCAGACCGGUAUAUGCGUUGUGGUGUGUGUUGUAGUGGGUCGCCUGAUGGCUGUAUGAGUAGGAGUAGGAGUAGGAGUAUUGGGAAUAGGAUUGGGAAUGGGAAUGAAGAAGAGAAUGGCUGUACGGAAUGUGGUAUUGGGAAUGGGAUUGGGAAUAAGAAUAGGACUGAUGGGAGUGGCACCAUCACGGAUCCGACUUGCAUCCACGACUUGCUUGGUUGUGGGAUGACCUAGAUUCAUCCACAUCCACGUUCCUACGACGAUUUUUCCUUUUUAGUUGGGAUGGAAAUGGGUAUGCGAGGUUCUUGAUGUCUUUGCUCUUUUCGGUUCGGAUGAGAAUGAGGCGUGUUAGUCUGGGAAAGUUUCAUGUUUUGCUGGGCUCCUUAGUUUCUUGUUCUCUUAGGGAGUUAUUGAAUGGAUAUUUUCACGUAG